UGCUUCUACUUUACAACGAAGAACGAGAGCCAGAAGAAGAACCCACCGCCGGAGAUGGAAGCUUCGGGGUUUAUGGCCAGUAAAUGGAUUGCAACGGCGUUUGCGAUUUGGAUCCAAUGCAGCUGCGGGGCCGCCACCUUCAGCAUCUACUCUUCGGCUCUCAAGUCCUCACAGGGCUACGACCAAUCCACCCUUGGCACCGUUUCCGUUUUCAAGGACAUCGGUACCAACGCCGGCAUCAUUUCUGGCUUUCUUUGCUCCGCCGUCACUUCCCCCUUCCCCCGCCGACCCUUUGUUGGGCCAUGGAUGGUGUACGCGGCGGGAGCGGUUCAGUGCUUCCUCGGAUAUAUUUUCAUGUGGGCCGCUGUCUCCGGACUGAUCGAUCGGCCGUCGGUUCCAGUGAUGUGCUUCUUCAUGUUGCUUGCUUCACAUGCGCAAACGUUUUUCAGUACGGCGAAUGUGGUAACUGGCGUGCACAAUUUCAAGCACUAUAGCGGCACGAUUGUGGGCAUCAUGAAGGGAUAUCUUGGUCUAAGUGGAGCACUGGUAAUCCAAGUUUAUAACACGAUUUGCAAUGGAGAACCAAGCAAUUUUCUCCUCUUGCUGGCGGUUUUGCCCACACUUCUUUCCAUCAUGUUCAUGUGGUUUAUCAGAAUUGACAGAACAGAGUCCAGAAACGAGAGGAAGCAUUUGGACUCAUUAUCUGCACAUGCCGUGAUAGUUGCUUUUUACCUAAUGGCUGUCAUCAUUUUAGACAACACUUUCUCCCUUCCAUCAUCGACUCGUUCCUUCACAUUCUCCAUACUCCUAAUUCUUCUUUCUGCUCCUCUUGGAAUCGCCAUUAAUGCUCGGAGGGAGGACUUAAAAGUGACUGAAAAAACCCAUGUUCUUAACAAAUCUAAGUCAGUGGAUACAGAGGAUCUUGUUGAGUAUCACGAGUUGCCCAGGGACGAGCGCCAGAUAAUGGCUGUUGCAAGCUCUAGUACCCCACAAGCCAUGAAUGUCUUGGAAGCUUUAUGCACUAUAAACUUCUGGCUGUUGUUUACAGCCAUGGUGUGUGGAAUGGGUUCUGGAUUAGCCACAAUAAACAACAUGACACAGCUUGGCCAGUCUCUUGGCUACACAGUAACAGAGACGAAGACAUUUGUUUCCUUAUGGAGUAUAUGGAACUUUCUUGGACGUUUUGGAGCUGGCUACGCCUCUGAUUAUCUUCUCCACUCAUACGGCUGUGCCAGGCCAUUGUUAAUGGCAAUCACUCUACUCAUAAUGAGCGGUGGGCACCUCGUGAUCGCCUCAAGUUUCUCUGGAAAUCUUUACGUGGGUUCAACUCUUGUUGGCAUAUGCUACGGCUCACAGUGGUCGCUCAUGCCCUCAAUUACUUCGGACAUAUUUGGGUUAGAGCAUAUGGGAACUAUUUUCAACGCCAUAGCCACAGCCAGCCCUCUGGGGUCGUACGUUUUUUCUGUUAAAGUGAUCGGUUACAUCUACGACAGGGAAGCUGCCGGAGAACAUGGGUCCUGCUCUGGCACACACUGUUUUGCGGUGUCUUUUCUAGUCAUGGCCGUCGUGGCUUUCGUGGGAUUUCUGGUAGCUGCUGCUCUCUUCUUUCGAACCAGGAGAUUUUACGCUUUGCAAAGUAGAGCCGAACGUCUCAGUUGAAGUUACCAGACAGAAUGAGGAUCACAAGAUUGCUUAUAGAUUUUUAUAGAAUUAUGGAAGGAAAUUUGCGGUGUAUUUUGUCUAAGCUUUUACAAUAUUGUAUCUUAUUGACCCCACAUAAUGUUUUUACCCAUAAAGUGA